AUGAGUACUUUGGAAGCUAUUUAUUUAAUUGAUAUCUAUGGAUCGGUCCUGCUUCAAAUUGAAUCCAGAGGCAGAAUAUCGCCAGUGACUUCAGAGUUUAUAAAAAGUGAAAUAUCAAAAUGCAAGUUAAGAAACGAAGAACCCCCUUUUAUCAUCUAUCACAUGAAUUACCUGAUAUUUCAACAAUUGCAAGAUGAUGUUCGAAUAUGUAUACCAGUAACCUGCGACACAGAACCUCUUUACAUACACGAUGUGAUGAAACUGAUUAUAGAAAUAAUAAAGACUUACUUUGGAAGCUUUCAGUCAUCCGUAAUUGAAAAAAAUACCUCUUUAAUCGCACAGCUUUUGACGGAGAUGAUUGAUUAUGGAUACGCGAUAAAUAUGGAGCCUAAUACUUUGCAAGACAUUAUCCCUACUCCAAGUUUGAUGAAAAAAUUUAUGGAAGUUACUGGUCUUCAAUCUAAUACACCUAGUAUCCAUAAAAAUACAGUUCCCUGGCGAACCUCCAAAGCCAACUAUACUAAUAAUGAGUUUUUUGUCCGUAUUAUUGAACGUGUAUUUGCCGUAUAUGAGGGAAAUAAUCAGCUUGCGUUUGGAACUCUGAAAGUUGACGUUGAGUGUAAAAGUCAAAUGUCUGGAAUACCUGAGCUUUUACUGUAUCUGACGCCUGGAUCGAUUAUGGAGAAUGCAAAGUUCCAUAAUUGUAUUGAUGUAAAACGAUGGAAAGACCGUCCUUUGCAGUUGCAGUUCAUACCGCCAGAAGGAAAAUUCAUUCUUGCAUCGUUUCAGGCUAAUUUAUCCAAACAAAAACCUUUACCUCUUAAUGUAGAGGCCAAAAAUAUGACUGAUGGAAAUUUUGAGAUUCGUAUACGAAACACAGGAAAAAAGCCUAUAGAAAAUCUGGAAGUAAGGGUCCCUUUACCUGGUUCUUUAAGCAGCGUUUCCACUACCCAUGGUGACUAUAUAUAUCGCCCAUCAAAGUCUGUGAACGACGAAGGCGCUGUACUAGAGUGGACUAUAAAAAAAAUCGAAUGGACUUCACCUGCCUACGUUUUGAAGGGUACUCUAAAUACGAAACAGGAAUUAUCUAUCAGUGAUAUGAGUGACGGCGGUUUUGAAAAGAAAGCUCAUCCUAAACUUGAGCAUCUGACCCUUCAUUAUAAAUAUCCGCUUACAAUCCUUUCUCAUUUUAAGGUUGAUUCUCUCAAAAUUGUCAACCGUCCAGACAUGAAGUCUUUUAAGGGCGUAAAACAUAGUGUAAUAGCACAGGAUGUCUCUGUUCGCUUUAAAUAA